GCCGCCCUUCCUGCAGCUCUGCCAAAGCACCUCCUGCCCUGCCAGCCCAGCUCCAAGUGCAGCUUUAGCUGUGCGGAGUGAGCUGUGUGGUGUUUGCUAAUGUGUCCACUAGGGACCAGGCUAUGACCACCCAACUCUCUCUCACUUCCGCCCAGAGCCAGAGAAAAGGCUGAUGCUGCCUCUCCUGCCAUCCAUCAUGACCUGUAUCAUAUGUGUAUGACUAUAGAUUAGAAUGACUCUUUCCUGUCUACCUCUGUUUCUCUUAGUAACCAGGUAACACAGAAGCAGUGCCCUUCAAGGUGUAGACUCAUUAAAACAGAACCAUCUGAAAGAGACGAUCUGCCUGCAAAUGGCCUGGCUGAACCCUGUACUGGAAAAAAAUUCCAAGGCUUUUUCAACUCCAUUUAAGUAAAACAUUGUGUCUAUACCUAAAUAUGAACAGAACUCAUCCUCAGAGAAGUUUUGGUGGAAUCUCAUUUGACUCAACAAAGUCCUCUGAAGAAAGAGAUCACUGCCAGGAAUGCAGUGCAUGUUUAAGUUGUACUCGAAGAUGCCUCUGUAUCUCCAUUAUUGCACUGCUUGCACUCGGCGUUGUAGGUGCUGUCAUUGGUUUCACCGUCACCUUUGGACUCCCGCCACCCACUCCUGUAAACCGUUUCUGUGUGACUUCAGGUAACCAGACUGGCUUUUUGUGUGAUGACAGAGUGACUUGCCUUCCAGCCAGUCAGAUCUGCAACAGAAUCAGAGAAUGUGUUAAUGGAGAGGAUGAGCAGGAGAAAUUAUGUAAUGAUUUGCCCAGUAACCUUCCAGGAUACUUGAUCUUCCGCUGCAGCAAUCCUGUGUACUGGAUCUAUGCUGAUCAGAAGUGUAAUGGUGCGAAUGACUGUGGAGACUGUUCUGAUGAAAAGGGGACCUUGGCUAGCUGCCCUCCUUGCGGGACUCAGUGGUGGAGAUGCACACCGGUGUUUUUCGAGUAUUGCUCCUGCAUUCCUAGGGCCCUCUGCCAAGACAGAAUUCAGCACUGCUCAGACUGGUCUGAUGAGUAUGCCUGCAAUAGAUGAAGUAGUAGAGCCAAGAGGUAACUAUGCUCCCCAGGGCAUAGUCUGCAUUCUCACCUGCCAGCCUUCUCCUCCUGCUGCUUUAAUGUCCUGGGUUGAAGCUUUUGUCUGAAAAUGACACGGCCUAGUGGUUUCCUGACUACCCUACAACAGCACUGAAAGGAGGCGAGGACAGGGGCAGCUCCAGGCACCAGUGCAGCAAGCGCGUGCCUGGGCGGCAAGCCACAGGG